AUUCACACAACAAUUCCCCAUGAAAGAAGGAAUGGGAGAAACAAGUUAUGCUAACAACUCAUUACUUCAGAGAAAGGUGAUAUCGAUGACAAAGCCUAUAACAGAGGCAGCCAUCACAGCUUUCUUCUCCACUAUCGCCGCUACCAUCCCGGCAAGCCUCACCAUCGCAGACUUGGGCUGUUCCUGCGGCGCCAACAGUCUCUUCGCUGUGUCUGAGAUCAUAAGCAUCAUGAUCGAUCUGUGCAAUGCGAAGAAGCACGAGCUACCGGAGUUCCAAGUGUUCUUGAAUGAUCUCCCGGGGAAUGACUUCAACACCCUCUUCAGCAGCUUCUUGCCGAGAUUCCAAGAGAAGCUAAGUGAGCAAAUGAAGAGCAAGUAUGGAGCAUCCGCGGUGUUGGCAUGCUUCUUCAAUGGCGUUCCCGGUUCGUUCUGCGGGAGAUUGUUCGCUUGGGAGAGUCUGCACUUCAUUCAUUCUUCGUACAGCCUUCAUUGGCUGUCUCAGGGAAUCAUAGAAGAAGAGAAACUCGACUCCUUCAACGUCCCUUAUUACACACCCUCACCAAAAGAAGUACGCCGGGAGGUUGAAAAGCAAGGGUCAUUCUCAAUCGAUUGCUUGGAGGUGUUUGAAGUGAAUCGGGAUGUAUUUGAGACCGAUUUCGACCCUAAUGUUGUCUCAAAGGAAGCGGCGGACAAAAUAGUUGGGAGCCUAAGAGCUAUAGCCGAGCCCUUGCUCGUUCAUCACUUUGGUGAAGAGAUCAUCAAUGAGGUUUUCGAGAGGUUCAGGGCUAAACUUGGCAACCGCUUUUCCAAGGAAAAGAUUCCAUUGGGAAGUUGA